UUCACUGCUUUGUUAUUUCUGCUAUCUACCAGUUCGGGGAUCCCAGAACACGACAAUGCAUUUUGUGACUGAGUUUGUCCUCCUCGGUUUCCAUGGUCAAGGGGAGAUGCAAAUUUUCUUCUUCUGGUUAAUCCUGGUGGUCUAUCUCCUGACACUGCUGGGGAAUGGGGCUAUUGUCUGUGCCGUGAAAUGGGACAGGCGGCUUCACACACCCAUGUACAUCUUCUUGGGAAAAUUUGCCUUUCUAGAGAUCUGGUAUGUUUCCUCCACUGUCCCAAACAUGCUGGUCAACAUGCUUUCUGAUACCAAGACCAUCUCCUUCACUGGCUGCUUCCUCCAAUUCUACUUCUUUUUUUCACUCGGUACCACGGAGUGUUUCUUCCUAUCGCUUAUGGCCUAUGACCGCUACCUGGCCAUCUGUCGCCCACUACAUUAUCCUUCCAUCAUGACUGGGAAGUUCUGUGUGAUCCUGGUCUGUUUUUGCUGGAUGAGUGGAUUUCUCUGCUACCCAGUCCCCAUUGUCCUUAUCUCCCAACUUCCAUUCUGUGGGCCCAACAUCAUUGACCACUUUGUGUGUGACCCAGGUCCACUGUUUGUACUGGCUUGCAUCCCUGCUCCUUCCACUGAGCUUAUCUGUUACACCUUCAACUCAGUGAUUAUCUUUGGGCCUUUCCUUUCCAUCUUGGUAUCAUAUAUGCUGGUACUCAGAGCUGUGCUUCGUUUUCCCUCUAGUGCUGGUAGAACUAAAGCUUUCUCCACAUGCGGGUCCCACCUAAUGGUGGUGUCUCUGUUCUAUGGAACCCUUAUGGUGAUGUAUGUGAGCCCAACAUCAGGGAACCCAGUGGGAAUGCAGAAAAUUAUCACUUUGAUAUACUCAGCAGUGACUCCACUCUUAAACCCCCUUAUCUACAGUCUCCGAAACAAAGACAUGAAAGAUGCCAUAAAGAAAGUCCUGGGUUUAAGAAUUAAUCAAAACCGAUGUCUACCAGUUCGGGUACAUUUCUGA